AGCGAGCUUUCCCCUGAGCCUAUAAAACCAGACGGCAGCACCUUUCCCUCACAAACCCACUGUUGCCCCCCGUACAAACACCGUUGUCCACGUGCAUCAAAGUAAAUAACAAGAUGGCAGCAUUAAGAUGUGCUGUUUUGGCUUUGGUUUUCGCCACGAUAAACGCCCAAGGUGUGACAGAUCCAACGGCUGUGGCUGCUCCAUCCGGUGGAACGCCAACUGGAGCUAUUGGAGGAGCCAUGGGGGCUCCAACAGGCUUACCGACAGGUCCAAUGGGCGGCCCUAUUGGUGGUCCCAUGAGUGGUCCAAUGGGUGGUCUUAUGAAUGGUCCGAUGGGUAUGGGUGGUCCCUUGAGUGGUCCGAUGGGUAUGGGUGGGCCGAUGGGUGGGCCGAUGGGCGGCAUGGGUUCUCCAUACGGAGGAAUGGGAGGCCCCUACAGAAGCAUGAAUCCUUACGGAGGAAUGGGUGGACCAAGGGGAGGAUUUGGCAUGGGUCCCUAUGGCCAGCAAAUGCAACAGAGCCAGCAACAAGGGUAUGGAAACCCGAUGUCAUACCUUCCCCUGAUGAUGGGCGGUGACCAGGGAAGAAACAUGUAUUUGAUGUCUCAAAUGAUGGGAAGACAAGGCGGCGGCAACAUGCUUCCUUACUUCGCUAUGAAUGGUGGACUAGGAGACAACAUGAUGAACAUGCUUCUCUUCAGCGGUAUGGGUGGAACGGGUGGCGGCCGAGGUGGAAUGAUGGGUGGGAUGAAUCCAUUGAUGGCCAUGGCUCUGAGCGGCGGUGAAAUGAACAACAUGCUCCCAUGGAUGUUCCUUAAUCAAGGCAGAGGCCAAGGACAACAAGGCGGUAUGCAGGGCGGUAUGCAAGGCGGUAUGCAAGGCGGUAUGCCAGGUGGACAAAGACAACAACAAGGAGUCAACAGUGCUUUGCCUUUCUGGCUGCUAGGAGGAAACCUCUAAAUCAAAGAAGUUCACACAUGGGUUCCUAAGGAGUUAAAUUAAUGGUGACAGAGAAAUAUCAGACUUUAUUUAUCAGUUAACAGUUACGGUUAUUAGUUAACAGACAUUGGGAUGAGCAUAUUCUGUGUAUUUAUAAGCCGUCUUAAGAAAGACGAGACAUAUCUAAAAAGUUCUUUAACCGAAGAUGUCACUCUUUACCCAUUUACAAUAAUGGAGACGAUCCUGCAGAAACAUCUUAUCACUGUGUAUGGAAUCAAAAUAUUUCAACAGCAUUCUGGUAUUUAUGUUCUGUGCAUAAUCAAAGCUCUUGUUGGUAUUACUGCAAUGCUUGUGGGCCCAUGACACUUCCAAACAAUUGUACAAAUUCCCCAGCAUUAUCCGUUGUUGUCCACCUCAUGUUGUUUGUUUAUCACUAAUAAAUACCAGGAAUAUAUUACGUUCA